CGUUGGAUCCAACCUGAUGAACCUUCCAAGUGGUAAUAAUGGCAAAUAUUUACAGCCAUUAUUCAUCUGUUGACAGACCAGCUUAAGAGGAGACCUAACAUCAACUCGAUAAUUCCUAGAAAAGACUUUUCGGGGAAAAGGUCUGCCCAUUCAGGGAUUAUGACGUCCUAAGGUUUCCUUGACUACUGGGGAAAAAUAAUUCCUGAUUGGUUGAUUUAGUAGGAUGAAAUUUGGCCAUGACGCGGAAAUAGCAUCCUCAGACUGCCUCAAAAAUUUCGAUAAUAUAAAAUCAUCGAGUGUGUCUUAUGUAGUCUUUCAGAUUUCUCUGACGCAAUUGCUGGCAAGAGAGAAGAUCAACUCAACUGACUGAAGAUGGCAGAGGAGUUUGAUUUGAUUCCUCCAAAAGAAGUAAGCGAUACGUUCAAGGUAGUGUUCGAUCUCUACAGUCCCAGAGCUCAUUUCAUCAUUUUGCCCCGCAAUAAGCACACAGGAACAUACACGAAGUUGGACCAAAAGGUCAGGCUGAAGAUAGUCGAAUCAGCUUGGUCGAUAGUCUCUGGACAUAAACUUCAAAAGUCGGCUGUUUUGUCCCUCCACUUUGGGUCCUGGUCUACAUCAAAGAACAAGUUCCAUGCACAUAUUUGUGUAGACGUAGACGAUUAUCUCGCUAUUUAUGAGAGGUACGAGCAAAAAAUUCUCGGCUUUCCCUUGAGUAGGUACAUCUCAAAGGAAUGGAAAGCAAGCAAAAAUCCAGAAGAUUAUGCGAUCAACGUUCGCAGAUAUCCCUUCAAAACAUAUUUCAAGGAAGAGGUCAAAGCCAUUCGAGAUUAUCGUAGAAGUCCAACUGGUGAGUCCGAUAGCUCAUGUCCUCAUUUGCCGUUCGCCUUCCUCUUCCACCCGUCGGAACCAAGAGUCGGAUUUGCAGUCGAGAAGUCGGAGGAACCAAGAAGUUGUGAGUCUAAGUUUGAAGCCCUAGAAACGAUGUUCAACUAUGCAAAAGACCAAAACCUUACCAAAAUUAAUGCGAAAGGUGGCGACGAGGGAUGCCACUUGUGUUUGGUCCUUGAUAAAAAGUCGCAUGGCUUCCUUUUUGACGAGGAGUCUCAGAUUCUCGUUGGCUUCAUUCAAGUAUCUGGACUGAAGUUCUACAGAGAUUUGUGUCCUGAUGACAAGAAGGAUGAGUGGUUCGCCAAAUUUAGUGCGAAGGGCGAUUAUAGAGUAUCUACCUGAAUAUCUCCUCGCGACCUGUUUACUUUCAUCUUUCGUUUCUUUUUGCGAAGACAGCUUAGGUUGUUCUUCACGGUCGUUCGAGGUAUAAUGAAUUUCGUUGAAUAUAUUCACAGAUAAAUCCUAUAGUUUUUUCAAUAAAUCUGCAUUUAGUUGACUUAGUUCAGUAUUCGCAAAAGCUUUUAAAUUUAAAUGUAUGUCUUUUUGGUUUCUAUAUUUCUAAGUCAAUUUCUUUUUUAAUUUUUAGCUCUAAUAUCUGGGUAUAGUUGAAAUUUCUAGCAUUGUAGAGUGCAAUUGAAAAUUUUACAUUGAUAAUUGCGCAAUGAAUUGAAGUCAAUGAAUUUUCAUUAUUAGUGCCAUUUAAACAACAUUUUCCUGGUUUCUUGUACUCGAAAGAUUCAAAAUUACAAUAUUAACCAGAAACCGAGAAAAUUAUUCCCAAUUCAUACUAAAGUUUAAACAAGUUUUAAAGCU